AUGAGAAAAACCAAAGGUCGUCAAAAAACAAAAAUGGUUAAAAUAGAGAAAGAAAAAAAUCUUCAAGUUACGUUUUGUAAAAGAAAAAACGGUCUUUUCAAAAAAGCUAAUGAGCUUUGCACACUUUGUAAUGCUCGUGUUGCUAUUAUUCUGUUUUCACCUAGUGGAAAAAUUUGCUCGUUUGGUCAUACAAAGGUGGAAACUAUAAUAGAUCGGUUCGAAAAAACUGACCAUCCAGAUAACAACACACAACGCAAUAUGCAACUUGGUGAAAUCCAUCAAAAUUCUACAAUUCGAGGUCUGAACAAUCGUCUUACUGAGGUGAUGAACAACCUAGAAUCUGAGCAAAAAACAAGUGAAGAGUUGAAGAAACUAAGAAAAAAAUCCAAAUUACCUGAGAUUUGGUUGAAAGAAUCCAUUGGAGGACUUCACUUAGGUCAAGCCAAAGAAUUCAAAGGUAAACUUGAAAAUUUGAAGAAACAAGUGAUAUAUGAAGCUUUCAAAAUCUUUCUAGCAACACCAUUUCCUCAUCCUGGCUUUUAUGGGGGAAGCUCUAGUAAUGCUCCUUUUGGGGUUGAUGGUAACGUGAAUGCUUUCGACAACCAUAACAUGGCUCUCCCCAGUCAUCCUAAUCCAUUUGUCCCUGGAUUCAACCAUAACAUGGCUCUCCCCAGUCAUCCUAAUCCGAAUGAAUCGGGAAAUGAACAUCCUAAUGAUGGCAAUCCUCCUCAGCCUAGAUCCGACUAA